CAUCACACCCUCUCUCUCUCUCUGUCUCACUGAUAUUGAAGAAGAAAGAAAGCUCUGCCAUUCUGAUUCCAGGCUGCACGAAAACCCCAAGCUACCAUCCCUCUCUGUCUAAUUCUCACUCCUUUUUAACGGAGAGAUUCUUUGCUUCUCUCUCUAAACGGAGCGCAUAAGUAAGAACAGACCACCUGAACCGAUAAAAAAGCCGAAAUUGGUGCCUGAAAGUUCGAUCCAUUCAUUCACUCGCUGCUUUUAACUAAUCCUUUACACUCGUUUAACCACGCACAUGUUAUGUUUGUGUUCAUUUGAUUGUUUUGAUUUGGAUUUUUUUAGUGGAAGAUUUGGUGAUAUUGGUUGGGGGGGGGAUAUGACAACCGGUGGUGAUAAGCCGUUUAUCUCUGUACAUCCAGAUGACCUCAAGUUCAUUUUUGAGCUGGAAAAGCAAAGCUUUUGCGAUCUCAAAGUUGUGAACAACACAGAGCACCAUGUUGCUUUUAAGGUUAAAACCACUUCACCUAAGAAGUACUUUGUGAGGCCCAACACUGGUGUCAUACAGCCUUGGGACUCUUUUGUCAUUAAAGUUACUCUUCAGGCUCAGCGAGAAUAUCCUCUAGAUAUGCAAUGUAAGGAUAAGUUUCUCUUACAGAGUACCAUUGUGCCUCCACCUGCUAAUGUUGAUGAGCUCCCACCAGAUACUUUUAAUAAGGAUAGUGAUGGCAAGGUGAUACAGGAGAUGAAGCUUAGAGUUGUAUACAUGCCCACCUCUACAACUCAAGGAAACUUGGAAGAUGAAGUGUUGUUGAAGGGCUCCGAAAAAAGUCCUGAUGCUAACUCUGCUGUACAGCACCUGGAGGAUGAAAGGGAUGCAGCUGUUCGACAAACCCAGCUGCUGCAGCAGGAACUGGAUUUGCUGAGGAGACGAAGAUAUCGAAAGACUGACCCAGGCUUCUCCCUCAUGUUUGCGUUCGUGGUUGGACUUGUUGGAAUUUUGGUCGGCUUCCUCUUGAACCUUUCAUUGUCAUCACCGUCUACAGAAUGACCUGACACUACCAAGGACCUCAGGGGAGAAUUUUUUUUCUGUCUAUUUUACUAUAUAAUCUCAGGGGUUCUGUUGGAUGGAAAGGACAUCGAUCUAUUUCCUCCAUAUAUAUAUAUAUUUGUUGUUGGUCAGCUGGCCAAAUAUAUUUUCAUUUCAUUGAUAUGUUACUGUUAGUGUGACUUGGUAAAUAUUCUGUUGUAGUUUAUGAAAUCUUUCUUCGCAUGGUUUUGAAA